AUGAAAGGUUUAAUUUUAGUCGGUGGUUAUGGUACCAGAUUAAGACCAUUAACUUUAACUGUCCCAAAACCAUUAGUUGAAUUUGGUAACAGACCAAUGAUCCUUCAUCAAAUUGAAGCUCUUGCCAAUGCUGGUGUCACUGACAUCGUCCUCGCUGUCAACUACAGACCAGAAGUUAUGGUUGAAACUUUACAAAAAUACGAAAAGGAAUACGGUGUCAACAUUACCUUUUCCGUCGAAGAAGAACCAUUAGACACUGCUGGUCCAUUAAAAUUAGCUGAAAAGAUUUUAAAGAAAGAUGAUUCCCCAUUCUUCGUCUUAAACUCUGACGUCAUUUGCGAAUAUCCAUUCAAAGAAUUGGCUGAUUUCCAUAAGGCUCACGGUGGUAAGGGUACCAUCGUCGCAACCAAAGUCGAUGAACCAUCUAAAUACGGUGUCAUUGUCCACGAUAUCGCCACUCCAAAUUUAAUUGAUAGAUUCGUCGAAAAACCAAAGGAAUUCGUCGGUAACAGAAUUAACGCUGGUAUAUAUAUCUUAAACCCAGAAGUCAUCGAUUUGAUUGAAAUGAAACCAACUUCUAUUGAAAAGGAAACUUUCCCAAUUUUAGUUAACGAAAAAUCUUUAUAUUCUUUCGAUUUAGAAGGUUUCUGGAUGGAUGUUGGUCAACCAAAGGAUUUCUUAUCAGGGACUGUUCUUUAUUUGGAAUCAUUAGCUAAGAAAUCUCCAGAAAAAUUAACAACUGGUUCUAAUAUUGUCGGUAACGCUUUAAUUGAUCCAACUGCCAAGAUCUCCCCAUUGGCUAAGAUCGGUCCAAAUGUUGUCAUUGGUCCAAACGUUACUAUCGGUGACGGUGUUAGAAUUGAAAGAUCCGUCGUAUUGGCUAACUCUAACAUCAAGGAACAUUCCUUAGUUAAAUCUACCAUUGUCGGUUGGAACUCUACCGUCGGUAGAUGGUGUCGUUUAGAAGGUGUCACUGUCUUAGGUGAUGACGUUAAUGUUAAAGAUGAAAUUUACAUUAACGGUGGUAAAGUUCUACCUCAUAAGUCUAUUGCCACCAAUGUCCCACAAGAAUCUAUUAUUAUGUGA